GUAGACAACGACCGGAGGGAUCUGGAUAUCAGCAACAAAGAUGUUGAUGCUGAGAAGAUGAGUCGGUUCAUUCGAAUUAACGAGCUCCGCCUGGUGACAGAGUACAACCCUGUGACAGCAAUAGGUGUGAUGCAGAGUACACUCCAGCUUCACCUCCUCCUGAUCACAGACAAGAUGUCACCAAAACAUCCUGACCGAAUGCGCAGAUAUCGGGUGGCAGCGGAGCUCUUCAAGGGGAAGAUUCUUUUUGUCCUAGUAGACAGCAAUUUGAAGAGCAAUGAACGAACAGUAUCAUUCUUCAAACUGAAGAAGUCCCAGCUGCCAGCUCUGGCUAUAUUCCAUGUACCAGAUGAGGAGCAGGAUGUGUUGACUCCGGAUGAAGUCUCUGUUGAGCGUAUACAGGACUUCUGUAAUCGUUUCUUACAAAGAAUGCAGAAGAAAGAAGACGAACCUGAGGAGAAGGCCCGCAACGAGGAACUCUGA